AUGGAAACCGCGGUCAAGUAUGUCGCCGCCUUGAAUGUCGACCAGCGGCAGGUGAAAUGCUUUGUUUACGCACUAUUUCGUGAAACAACCCACAUCGAGGUCGUAGGGUCAUCGGUCGAACAGAUUGAGCUCAUCACAGCCACCGGCCUCGAGGAAAUUGACCCCGUUAAACUUUGGGACAACGUUCUGGGCACCAUUAAAGCAGCAAUAGAAGAAGCCAACCUGACAGCAGCACAAAUCGCCUUUCUAGCCAUCAGCACGCAUCGGAACUCGUUCACCUGCUGGAACCGGUCCACUGGAGGGGCGUACUAUAAUUUCAUUACCGCACAGGACCUGCGGGCCGACCAGAAGGUCCAGGAAUGCAACGAUUCCUUUUUGUUCAAAGCAUUCAAAGCGACCGCCAGUUUGCUACAUUGCGUUACCAGAAGUCAACGCUAUCUCGGGCAGAGCGUUUUUCGGGUUACCAACGAACAUGUGACCAUGCGGCUUGCCUGGAUGCUUGAAAACAGCCCCGGGAUCCAACAGGAUCUGAAACACGGAAAUGUACUGUAUGGAACGAUCGACGCAUGGCUUCUCUAUCGAUUACGAAAGGUAAACGAUUCCAGCCUGGAUCUGGAGCAUAUAAGCGAUAUUACCAAUUGUGCUGCCAGCGGUUUUUAUGACCCAUUUGCACGGCAAUGGACACGGUGGGCUUCCAUGCUGUAUCCCAUUGCGAAAAGCGUACGGCCGACUGUCGUAGACAACUCGUUUGACUUUGGAUAUGUCGAUGCUUCAAUAUUCGGAAGCUCCAUAAAGAUCGGAACUUCGAUUUCAGAUACAUCAGCUGCUCUGUGGGGAACCUGUUGCUUCGACAAAACCGAUUUAUACCUGAAACUGGAUACCACCACUGUGGUAUCCAUCCUAACAGAUUCGACCUGUCUAGCAUCGGAACGCGGAUUUGCUCCAUUAGUCGGAUACAAGCAUGUCAACGGAAGUCAGAGUGAAUUGAUGUAUAUUCUGGAAAAAACGUGCACCAGCUGCACGGCAGUAAUGGACUGGGGCGAAAAGAUUGGUCUGUUUGCGGACUGUCAGGAGGCAUCAGGUCUGGCCAGUGCAGUUGCGGACUCAAACGGGUUAUUUUUCGUAUCAGAAUUUAACGUUCUUGGACCGUGUGAUAUGACCGCCGGAUCAAGUUUUAUUGGCAUUAAGAAAACAACCAAAAGAGAACACAUGGUCCGAUCAAUGCUGGAAAGUAUCGUCUAUCGAGUCGCUCUGAUAUAUGUGGACGUUCACAAGGAAAUACAGUAUCAGGGGAUGGAGAGCAUUUCGAAGAUCAAAAUCGAUGGCUCGGUAGCUAAGGCUGAUUUCAUCUGUCAGAUGUUGGCCAACAUUACGAGCUUGCCCGUCGAACGGGGAGAGGCUACCGAUGCUUCAGCGCUUGGAGCGAUUCUACUGGCUGGGCUUGGUGCAAACGUUUGGAACAGUAAACAAGAUUCGUUGAUGGUUCGCAAGAAAGGGAAAAUCUUUCUACCAAGCCCAAACAGCAAAUUGAAACUUCUGCGGAACAUGCGCUGCUGGGAGCAGCUAGUGGAGAAGUUUAAGUAA